CUGUAUUUAAUAACCAGCUGAUACAUAUUUAAGGUUAUACAAUUCCAACUGGCUAGGUACCAUCACUGGUGUUAUUAUUACUAUUAGUUAGUAUUGUAACUAAUAUAUUUAAAAUUUGACAAUGAAUGUUAAUAUGUUUACAAAAUGUUUACACAUUUUUCGUCAAAAGUGGAUCACACAAGCAAUAACGCGUUCAUAUGCGAAACCAGCACCUGCUGCAAUUGGAGGCAAAAAGAAGAAAUUAGGAAAACUUGGUCCAGUAAUAGAAAAAAAAGAAAUUCCAGUUGAAUCUGAUACUAAUAAACUAGUUAAUUAUGUCUGUGGAAGCAACAUCUUAAAAGCCGGUCAGGACAUAAAGCUUAAACCAGAUUCGGAAUACCCUGACUGGUUGUGGUCUAUAAAUGUUGAGCGUAUUAUACCUGUAGAAGAAAUGGACCCGGAAACAAAACAAUAUUGGCGACGUCUUCGGAAGCAGGGACUACGACGAAACAAUCAACUAAGCAAAUUGAAAAAAUUUUAGUUUCUUACGUGUAUUUCUAUCGCAUUAGUUAUACAAGUUGAACAGAUUAAAACUUACUAGUAUUUGGAUAACUAA